AGAGUCUGAACGCUGCGGCGGCGGAACAUCAGCGAACCCCGGCGUGAACAUGGCGGACACCGUACUCUCGCUCUUCGACCACCGGGACCGGGACAGGCUGGACGGGGACGGGGACGGAGUGAGACCGGCUCCACCGCUGCGAGGGCGCGGCUGUGGAAGGAAACGGAAAGGGACACCUGUAAAAGUCUUUGUUACACACACGGAGGAGGAGAGCGUGCCUGAACACAACUUCAGUCCAGGUGAUCGUAAGGAAGCAGCAGAGAAUAAACGGUCGACACUGGAUGGACACUUUUACAACACAGAGUCUCUGCCCCACAACUGUGGUCCAUCAGAGCAGGCUCAUGAGAGAGACUCCACUGGAUCCAAGAUCAGCUCCUGCUCGGCCUCCACACCAGCUUCCUCAGCACCAACCCCAACACCGCUCUCCGCUCCUGCCCCCGCCACGGCAACCUCGGCUCAGGCCGCGACUCUGACUCCAGCGUCCACUGCUCCGGCAGCUCCAACAGCCUCUGCUCCGGCCCCAACGGCUAGCUCCUUCCCUCCCUCCCCAAACUGCCGCAUCCGAGAGGUCCACUGUGGCAGCCAGGUGCGGCUGGUGGUCAUCGCCAUCCGGGACAUCACCAAGGGGGAGGAGAUCACUGUGGACUACAGUUUGACCGAAUGGGGAGAAAACCUGGGUUUCCGGGGUACCGUGUCUCCAGUGCAACACGAGUGUAACUCUGACACUGAGAAUAACAACAAUAUCAAAAAGGAGGAUGAGCCCCUCUCUCUGUCAGCUCAGCAGCGUCAACAACAGCAGGACUACGUCACCCCCUCUUGGUCCCUAUCCCCCUCCUCCUCCCCCAUAUCCCACUCUGAUGCCAGUGACUCAGAUGCCGGGGAUGAGGACAACACCAGUCCUCGUGGACGUGCACUACGUCGCCGCAAGAAACGGCGCGGCACCCCUUCAAAGAAAAAGACCCCCAAUCGGAUGCCACCCGGGCGCCCUUCACCAGUCUCCCCUGCCAGCGUUGCGCAUCACAACAGGCAACCCCCUUUAUCCCAUCCUCCGGCGCAAUCCUCCCCACCCUGCUCGUCUUCCUCCUCUCCAGUUAAGCCUGUGUUCAAAGCCCCGGCUCCACUCGGCGCCAACAGCACAAGCAACAUCAACACAAGUGUCCCUAGAGUAGGAGUGUCUAUAGACUCCAUGCGCCAAACCUGUGAGUACUGUGGCCGCCAUUUUCGCUCCCUGGGACGCCACUUAGACAAACACCACGCACACCAACCAGAAGUGUGCUCGGCCCUUGUUGAGCGCUACACACAGAUGCCGCGCCUGCAUGCACACAACACAAACCUUACCACAACUCACUUACACACUCAGCAGCUCUCAAGGUCGUCACAGGUCGCGGUACAGAGCCGCAGCUCAGAUCUUCCUCAGAGUGGCGUCCAGGACCUCUCCAUGUCUCCACCCACUCUCACAGCAGCCCACCAAUCCCCAACCUCCUCUGGAAGGACCUCCACCCCACCAGUGCUGACUCCUCCACGAGGACAGAAUGCAGUGCCAGUGUCUGUUCUUAAGAGGAGCCCACCCCCUGUGGCUGUGAUGCAGCCAAGGAAGGGAGCAAUGAGGAGGUUUAAGAAUGACCCACAGGUGGAGGAUGAAGAGGAUGAAGAUGAAGAAGAUGUGGAGGUUGUGGAGGUAACAAGGCCCAAAGAGGAGGACGAUGUAGAGGUGGUGUGUCCUCAGUCCUACGGCAGCAAGUUGGCCAAAGAGAUGGAGCCACCAAAAGAGGAGGAAGAAGUGGAAGAGGAGGAAGAAGAGGAAGAGGAGGAAGAGAAUGGAGUGAUGGAGGUGGACGAGGAGAGUGGUGCCGAGGAUAAAGAUAAGGACUUGCUGAGUGGGUCCGGGCGUCACCACUUGCUGCCCCUGCUCUCGUCCUUGUCCUCUCUGGUCCUGUACCUUCGUCGUCUCCAGCACUCGGCCUUUCUGUCCUUGUCUCGGCAGCUGCAGUCAGCCGAGGCCUGGCGCCUUCUCUGCCACUCCAGUCUGGCUCUCCUAAUCCUGUACAACCGACGACGUGAGUGCGAGGUCUCCAAACUGUCCAUUGCUGAAUACCGUGCUCGCAUCACUCCCCAGUGCCCAGUUCCCGUCCCACCUGGUGCCCCUCCGGCUCUCACCCCAUUGGAGGCCUCUCUGUCCCCCUUUGAACGCCUUGUGCUUCCUCAUCUCCCCAGAGUUGGAGUUCAGGGUAAACGUGGGCGAGUCCAGCCCCUUAUCCUCCCCCCUCACUGUGAGCCAUGUCUGGAGCUCUUACUGCAGACACGGCAGGAUGUAGGAGUCGACCCGGCAAACCAGUAUGUGUUUGCCAGGCCCUACCACUCCCCCGCCACACCACUGCGAGGAACUGAUCUCCUCCGCAGCCUGGCCCGCUCUAGCGGUACCCGCAAUCCCCGUGCCCUGACUCAGACCAGGGUUCGCCGCCAGGUGGCGAUCCUGACCCAGCUGUUGCUUCUGGGUGAAGGAGAGGAGCCUGGGCAGCCAGGAGGCAGCGCUGUGGAGAGGCUGGAGCACUUCCUGGAGAGGGAGUACCAUGUGACACAGAGCUGUGGCGGAAUUGGCCAAGACCCAGGCCUAAUGGGCAGAGUGGGUCGAGUCGUGCUUUGUGGAGAGAGAGAUGGAGUCCUGUUCAGAGGAAUGAGCCUGAACCACAUCUGCCUGGAACUGGAUGUUAUGUCAGGGAACUCUGCAGACUCAUACUCAGAGGGAGAGUCUGAUGGGGAGACGGUGAAGGAGAAGCCAGAGAUUCCCUCUCCUGCUCCUGCUCCAACUCCUACACCUACCCUGCUCUAUGUCAGGAAGGGCAAGAACAAUGGGCGGGUGGGACGACCAAAGAAGCUCAAGAACGCCCAGCCAGCCCCUCCGCCUCCUCCGGCUCAACCUAUAAACCGCAGGAGAGGCUCAGGUCAGCUCACAUCAGGGAAGCGAGGCGUCCUGAAGCGUCCCUGGUCAGAGGCGGAGCGCGCGGCCGUCGAGGAGCACCUGACCCGAAACAUCACCGAGCUCCGAGUCCCCGCCAAGGCCGACUGUGAGCGCUGCCUGCAGCAGUGCCCCCUGCUGGUCAGCAACCACCGCGACUGGCGUGCCAUCAAGUUCUACUGCCACAACCGCAUUCAGCUGCUGAAGAAGAACCAGCGGCGUGACAGCGACCCUCAGCCCCUCACCGUCUGCUGAGAGGGGGC